CGAUUACGCCCCUUCAAGUCUGUCAAAAUUUGCUUGUAUAGCAUAUUAAUUUUACUGAUCGAUGGGUUAAAACUUACUGCAUUUCUAGAGAAAAUUCCUACGUUAAGUUACUUCUUGUGUCACGGUAAAUAAUAUUGAGAAAACGAAAAAAGUUACAUAUAUUAAUCGUUAUAAAACUACAAAAUGACUGAUUCAAAGUAUUUUACAACAACAAAGAAGGGUGAGAUAUUUGAGCUUAAAUCUGAGCUGAAUAGUGAUAAAAAAGAAAAGAAAAAGGAGGCGGUCAAAAAGGUGAUAGCUUCUAUGACUGUAGGCAAAGAUGUCUCAGCUUUAUUCCCAGAUGUUGUAAACUGUAUGCAAACCGACAAUUUAGAACUCAAGAAAUUAGUUUACUUGUACCUCAUGAACUACGCCAAGUCCCAGCCGGAUAUGGCCAUUAUGGCUGUUAAUACAUUCGUCAAGGAUUGUGAAGAUUCCAACCCUUUGAUUCGGGCGCUGGCUGUACGGACCAUGGGUUGCAUUCGAGUAGACAAGAUAACGGAGUAUUUAUGUGAACCCCUCCGCAAGUGUCUGAAGGAUGAGGAUCCAUAUGUUCGCAAGACGGCAGCCGUAUGUGUUGCUAAGCUUUAUGAUAUAUCACCCAGUAUGGUCGAGGAUCAGGGCUUUCUCGAUCAGCUGAAGGACUUAUUAAGUGAUUCCAACCCUAUGGUAGUCGCGAAUGCUGUAGCAGCUCUCUCGGAGAUCAACGAAGCGAGUGUUUCUGGACAUCCACUAGUUGAGAUGAACGCGCCCACCAUCAACAAGCUGCUGACGGCGCUGAACGAGUGCACGGAGUGGGGGCAGGUGUUCAUCCUGGACGCGCUGUCCAACUACUCCCCGCGGGACUCCCGCGAGGCGCACUCCAUCUGCGAGCGCAUCACGCCGCGCCUCGCGCACGCCAACGCCGCCGUCGUGCUCUCCGCCGUCAAGGUCCUCAUGAAGCUGAUGGAGAUGCUCUCCGACGAGACGGAGCUGGUGGGGACGCUGUCCCGGAAGCUGGCUCCGCCGCUGGUCACGUUGCUCAGUGCGGAGCCGGAGGUGCAGUAUGUAGCUCUCAGGAACAUCAACCUCGUAGUGCAGAAGCGACCGGAUAUCCUGAAACAUGAAAUGAAGGUAUUCUUUGUGAAAUACAACGACCCAAUUUACGUAAAGCUUGAGAAGUUGGACAUCAUGAUCAGAUUGGCAUCGCAAGCGAACAUCGCGCAAGUCUUGGGCGAGUUGAAGGAGUACGCGACCGAGGUCGACGUGGACUUCGUGAGGAAGGCCGUGAGGGCCAUCGGAAGAUGCGCUAUCAAGGUGGAGCCGUCAGCCGAGCGCUGUGUGUCAACGCUGCUGGAGCUCAUACAAACGAAAGUAAACUACGUCGUUCAAGAAGCGAUUGUUGUCAUCAAAGAUAUAUUCCGCAAAUACCCCAACAAGUAUGAGAGCAUCAUCAGUACACUGUGUGAGAAUUUGGACACGCUGGAUGAACCUGAAGCCAGGGCUUCUAUGGUAUGGAUUGUCGGCGAAUAUGCAGAACGUAUAGACAAUGCAGACGAACUGCUAGACUCGUUCUUAGAAGGCUUUCACGAUGAGAACGCACAGGUUCAGUUGCAGCUGUUGACGGCGGUGGUUAAGCUGUUCCUGAAGCGGCCGGCUGACACGCAGGAGCUGGUGCAGCACGUACUCAGUCUAGCCACGCAGGACUCGGACAAUCCCGACUUGCGUGACCGAGGCUUCAUCUACUGGCGGCUGCUGUCGACGGACCCUGCCGCGGCCAAGGAGGUGGUACUGGCCGACAAGCCCCUCAUCAGCGAAGAGACGGACCUGCUAGAGCCCACGCUGCUGGACGAGCUCAUCUGCCACAUCAGCUCGCUCGCCUCCGUCUACCACAAGCCGCCUACCGCCUUCGUCGAAGGUCGUGGUGCCGGGGUGCGCAAGUCUCUCCCUGCCCGGGGUACUGUUUCUGAAGACACGCAGCCUCAAUUACAAACAGUCAUACCCAAUCAGGAAUCUCUCAUCGGCGACUUGUUGUCGAUGGAUAUCGGCGGGCCCCCCGCGCCCGCCGCCCCCGCCGCGCCCGCCUCCAACCUCGACCUGCUCGCGGGGGGACUCGACGUGCUCCUGGGCGGACCUGAACCAGCAGCGACCGCGGCUACGGCUACCGGCAGCGCGACCGGAUUACUCGGAGAUAUCUUCGGUGCAGUUCCACCAGCCUCCUACGUACCUCCCAAACAGUGUUGGCUUCCGGCAGACAAAGGAAAAGGUUUGGAGAUUUGGGGAACUUUUACCCGACAAAACGGCCAGAUGCGGAUGGAGAUGACGUUCACCAACAAAGCCAUGCAGGCCAUGAGCGGGUUCGCCAUACAGCUCAACAAGAACAGCUUCGGCGUGUUCCCGGGCGGCGCGCUGGCGGUGGGCGCGCUGGCGCCGGGCGCCUCCGCCGACGCGCCGCUGGCGCUGGCCGCCGCCGGGCCCGUGCAGCGCAUGGACCCGCUCAACAACCUGCAGGUUGCGGUGAAAAACAAUAUCGACGUGUUCUAUUUCGCCUGUCUCAUUCCGGCUCACAUACUCUUCACCGAGGACGGUCAGCUCGAUAAGCGCGUCUUCCUGACCACGUGGAAGGAGAUCCCCGCGGCUAAUGAAGUCCAGCAUACGAUUUCCAACGUGCUCGGCACCGCGGACUCUAUCGCUCAGAAGAUGACACUCAACAACAUCUUCACAAUCGCAAAGAGGAACGUCGAGGGACAGGAUAUGUUGUAUCAGUCGCUUAAACUCACGAACAACAUAUGGGUUCUUCUAGAGUUGAAAUUGCAACCCGGCAACCCAGAAGCCACUCUCAGCCUCAAGUCCCGCACGGUAGAGGUCGCCACAUGCAUAUUCCAAGCGUACGAAGCUAUCAUUAAAUCGUAAUCUCUCUUGUGUAGCGCUGCUUUUAUAUGUAUAUGUUGGUCGAAGAUCAUGUUACUACUGAUUAAGAAGUUACUCAUCAUGAAGUAUUCUUUUGUAAGGUAUUAUGAAAGACUUUAUAUGACUGUAAAUUCCGCUAGUUGUAUAAAUGUUUAUUUAAAACUUAGAUAUGUAUCGUAGAUCCUUGGAGUUUUAUUUGAUAGCUCCGGACUUUAAACACUAUUAUUAAGAAUUAAAAUAUUUUAAAUAAAUUUAUGUUAAUAUUC